AUGGAGGAGAUUCUGAAUAAAGUGGUAGAUCUGUUAUCAACAUUAUCUCCAGCUCAAUGGUGCCAGGGUUUCUUCACACUUUCUGCCGCUCUCGUUUCAGCUCUACAAGUUCUCCCCCAAGAUGUCCGUAGGGCUAUGAUGGACUAUGGUCCUCGAAGACCUAAAGCCGGAAAGUCUAAGAGCAAGAAAGGAGACGAUGAAAAGCAAAACUUCGCAGGAUUGAGAUCAUUAUUGAAAAACCUAACAGAAUAUGGACAAGUGCCUCACUCGUGGUUUAUGCACUUCUACAUCAUCUCAGUAUCUCUGUCAGGCUUCUGGGCUUGGCAAUAUCUGACGAGGGGAUCGGUGUUGAGGAGUAUUGCUACUUGGCAGGACAGGGCUGGCAGAUCAUCGAUGAGCCUAGAGCAAACAUAUAUCGCAUGGCUGCUCAUGGCGUUGCAGGGUUCAAGGCGGUUAUAUGAGAGUCUGUUUGUGUUCAAGCCAGGCUCGUCACCUAUGUGGUUCAUUCAUUGGGCACUCGGUGUUGCAUUCUAUGCCGUUAUAAGCCUCGCUGUCUGGAUCGAGGGUUCCGGUGCAAUUUUGUCAUGUUGGGAUUCUCCUAACCAGUCUCUUGAAAUCCCACGGAGGUUGCUCUCGGCUGUCCUAUUCUAUUCCGUUGCAUACUUCAAGCAGAAUCAAUGCCACAGACAUCUGGCCAGCCUCAAGAAGUACACACUUCCAACAGAAGGGUGGUUCAAAUAUCUCGUUUGCCCUCACUAUACUGCCGAGUGCAUUCUGUAUCUUGCAAUUGCCUGGAUCGCUGCGCCUCCAGGCGAGCUAUUCAACAAGAGCAUCCUGACUGCUGUGGCGUUUGUGGCCGUGAACCUGGGCGCGACGGCGAAGGGCACAAAAGCAUGGUAUGAGAACAAGUUCGGCUCCGACAAGGUAGCCGACCGAUGGAUCAUGAUCCCGCCUGUCUACUAG